GGCGGAUUUCAGUCCAGAGAGCCGUCCACGAGAGAUCGUCUAUGGAUGACUCUUUGUUGGAAAGAUUUGUGCGAUCAAACACAUGUAUUUUUACGUCUAUAGGUCGUCCGCAACCCUAAAAAGAUUGUUUAAGAAUAUUUACUCGUCAGCAGCUUGUUAUCAUAGUAUGAUGGAUCUCAAAGAGGUUGUCACGAGGCUAAACAGGUUCGCGCCUUUACAUCUGGCAGAAAACUGGGACAACGUGGGAUUACUCGUGGAGCCUUCGCAGCCUCAUUCUGUAACAUCAAUUCUUCUCACGAAUGAUUUAACCGAGAAAGUGGCGCAAGAAGCAGUCGACAAAGAAGUGAACAUGGUUAUCUCUUAUCAUCCACCCAUCUUUGCUCCGUUAAAGCGCCUCACUUCUAGCAAGUUCAAGGAGAGAAUUAUUGUUAAAAUGAUCGAAAACAGAAUUGCUGUGUACUCUCCACAUACGGCUUUUGAUGCCGUGAAAAACGGUGUUAACGACUGGCUUGCUUCAGGUUUGGGAAAUGCGAGGGUGGAGCCACUUCAAUACUCAAAAGCGUCGAGUCCUGGGGCCAGCCAAUAUAAACUAGUAACAAGAGUGUUGACCAAUCAAGAGCCAGAUGGAGCAAUAAGGCUUCAAGACAGCCUCAGAGGACUUGGAGGAGUUGAGAGAAUUGAGUGGGAAACUAUAACAAGACCACCUGACUUAGCUGAAGAAAAGAUAUCAAUUCUUUGCUCUGAGAAUGGACUUGUCAACACCCUUCAGAUGCUGACAUCUCAGUUUCCUGAAGCUGCUAGCAACACAGAAAUGUUUCCUCUUGGACAGAUUCCAAUCUUGGGUACUGGUCAAGGACGGCUUUGUACUUUACACUCACCAGUUACUUUGUCUGAGUUGAUAAACCGCAUCAAAAACCAUCUUAACCUCAAACAUGUUCGUCUUGCUUUGGCACAUACUGACAUGCCUCAACAAGGAAGUCCCCUUCAAAGUCACAUUCAAACUGUUGCGUUGUGUGCUGGGUCUGGAGCUAGUGUGCUACAUGGGAUUAAAGCAGAUGUGUAUCUGACAGGGGAGAUGUCCCAUCAUGAGGUACUUGAUGGAGUGUCACAGGGAGUGCAUGUGAUCUUAUGUGAACACAGCAACACAGAACGUGGAUUCCUGACAGAAUUUAAAAGCAAGUUGAAUGUCUUGUUAGAUGAAAAGAUUAAUAUCUUUGUUUCUUCUUUUGAUAUGGACCCUCUUCAAAUAUUGUAGUGAACUGUUUGUAACACAGAUUGGAAAAAAAAUGUUGAAGUAAGCUAUCUCUUCAUCAAACUACUGCUUCAACCUUUAAUUUUCAGAUGGUGGAUGCACAUAGGAAAUAGUUUUAUUGUUUAUUUGUCUGACACAAAAUGAUCAUCAACUCUUUCAUUUUACUGUAUUGGAAUAUUUAGUUGGAAAGGACAAAAUAAUAUGGUAGGAAAAGAGACUAUCUUUUCAGGGCGUGGGUCUGUGCUUGUUGGGCCAUUUACUUAUAAUUUAUUUAUUGUUGGGCCAUACAAUAAUUAUUAUUAUCAAUAUAAACAAGGAAAUUUGCCAAAUGAUUAUUUGACAAGAAGAUGCAAUUUAACAUAACUUUAUUGAAGUAUUAAAACUCCCCCAACAAAUUUCUAAACUUUAUAGAACUCCAUUUGUACAGUGAUUGUGUCGUGUUCAAGUUCAGUUUGUCUCAAACAUUGCCACUUGAGACAAACUUGUUUAACAUUGUUUGUUUUUUUUUUGGCUGUAAACUUUUCAUUGGAUAAACACUAAUUACAUACAGCUUCGAAAACUUUUUCCAGGCAAAAAAACUCUAACUGUAGAUUAAACGUGUGUGGUCUGCAAACCAGGCAAACUGUUGACUGCUUAAAUUUCCUAAAUGUGCCUAACAAAUUUUAAUUUCUUUGUUUAAUUGAACGAGGAAAAAAAAGGUAGAAAAAUUAUUUAUGUAAUAAUGAUGUAACUAAUUAGCUUAAAAUAUAUGCAGUUUGCAAACCAGGCAAACUGUAGACUGUUUCCUAGUCAUAGUUCAUUUGGAAAUGUCAUUGAAAUACAACAAAACCUUUGUAAAAA